GAAACUAUGAAAAAAAAUAUUGCCUUUUGAUUGAAAAGUUAAUCAAAAGUUCUACCAACCACUGAAAUUAACUUGUUCAAGCUCCAUUGACAGUCUGUAGGAGUUCAUCUCCUUCUCCUUCGUGAAUUUCCGUCGUAAGAGCUCGAUCUUCAUCUCCUUCCUCCUCUUUAAAAUCCUCCAACAAAACCUCCAUUUACACGGCCUCCCAAUUGUCUCGAACCAUCACCGCCGUUAUCGAAUCGCCGCCGGCGUUACACAGUCAUCGCUGCUUGUGGUGCUUUCAAGGUGCUGCUAUUCUAGGCUUCCCAACAAAAACUGGGCGUUCCCAAAACGUUUCGAAACGCAGAAACGCAUUUUCUAACGCAGUAAAAACGUUUCCUUUUUCUUCAAAACGUGUCGCACUAAUGAAUUCAAAAAAGACGCCGGGGAAACGCUUUAUUUGGAAAUAAAAGACGUUUCCUUCUUAAAUUCCCAAAUUCCCAAUGUUAGCAUUUAUUAUAACCUAGGUUCUCUGAUUCUCUCAAUAUCUCUGCUAUUCCUUCUUCCUCUGGUACAGUGAUCCUCCCUUUGGUUUCACUCUUCACCGUAGAUAGUGGUCGUCGGUGCCGGCGUCGAGAUGGCGAUCUCCGAUCUUCAGAUGGGGGAAAGCAUUCGAAGAAAUUCUACGUUGAUAUGUGUGCCUAUCAUGGAUAGCACAGUUGAUCAAAUGUUAGUUCAAGUAAUGAAAGCUAAGGAACAAGGUGCUGACUUGGUUGAGCUUCGAUUGGAUUUCUUGAAGAAUUUUGACCCAAAUCGUGAUCUUGAUCUUUUAAUUAAAAGGAGUUGUUUGCCCACUUUGGUCACUUUCAGACCAACCUGGGAAGGUGGUCAGUAUGAUGGGGAUGAAAGUGGACGAAGAAAAGCAUUGUGUAGAGCUAUAGAACUCGGAGCUGAUUAUAUAGACGUUGAACUUAAGGUAGCGGAUGAGUUCUUUGACUCUAUCAGCGGAAUGAAGCGUACGAAGACAUUAAUUAUUGUGUCUUCCCAUAAUUAUGAAAGCACCCCAUCCGUUGAAGAGAUUGGAAAUCUCGUAUCAAGAAUACAAUCAACUGGAGCCGACAUUGUAAAGAUUGCAACAACAGCUACUGAUAUCACGGAUUGUGUGCGCAUUCUUCAAGUACUUACACAUUCUCAGGUUCCAAUCAUUGGACUUGUUAUGCGUGAGAAAGGAUUGAUAUCAAGAAUACUGUGUGCCAAAUUUGGUGGAUAUCUUACUUUUGGUACACUCGAUGAAGGAUCAGUUUCAGCUCCUGGUCAACCUACGUUAAAGGAUCUCUUGGAUUUAUACAAUUUUAGAUACAUAGGUCCUGACACUAAAGUAUUUGGAAUCAUUGGGAAUCCUGUUGGCCACAGCAAGAGUCCACAUAUGUUCAAUGCAGCAUUUAAGUCUGUUGGUUUUGAUGGAAUUUAUGUGCCUUUGCUUGUGGACAGCGUACCUAACUUUUUGAAGACAUAUUCAUCUCCUGAUUUUGUUGGAUAUAGCAUCACAAUUCCUCACAAAAUGGCUGGACUUGAGUGCUCUGAAGAGGUGGAUCCGAUUGCUAAGGCAAUUGGAGCCAUAAAUUGCUUGGUUAGAAGACCAAGUGAUGGGAAAUUGGCAGGCUACAAUUUUGAUUACGUGGGAGCCAUUGAAGCUAUUGAAGAAGGUUUACAAGUCGGUGGAAGUAUUGCACCAAGAUCACCCUUGGCAGGCAAAGUUUUUGUUGUUAUUGGAGCUGGUGGUGCAGGAAAGGCACUUGCCUAUGGAGGAAAAGCCAAAGGGGCUAGUGUUGUCAUAGCUAAUCGAACACUUGCAAGUGCUGCGGAGUUAGCAGGUAAAGUUGGAGGAAAAGCUAUCAGUCUGGAUGAAUUAGAUGAUUUUGCUCCAGAAGAUGGGAUGAUUCUUUUAAAUACUACAUCAGUUGGAAUGAAACCAAAAAUAAACGAAACACCUAUUUCUAAGAAAGCUCUGAAGAACUAUGCUCUUGUUUUUGAUGCGGUUUACACACCAAAGUUAACUAGACUCUUAAAAGAAGCUCAAGAAUCAGGAGCCUCAAUUGUAUAUGGAACAGAAAUGCUUGUUAACCAAGCCUUCAGACAGUAUGAACAGUUCACCGGCUUGCCAGUCCCAAAGGAACUCAUGAGGGAAGUCCUGGCAAAGAGCACGUCAUAAAGGAUUUCAACACAUAUCCAUUACGUUCUUUGAGUGAUUCUUUUGUACCAAAUAGCGUGUUUUUUCCUUCCGAUAUGCAUAAUGGUAAUCAGUAAGCUUCUUUAUUAGAUGAUGUGAGGCUGCGAGGUUCAACCACUUUAUAGAGAAGAAUUGUUGUAGAGGCCGCCGGGGUAUCUUCAUUGAUUGAUUUAUCCCUUAAAAAGAAAAGGGAUUAGAAACUCUUUUUCCUUCCUGUCUUUCCUUUCACAGUACAGAACAAGUUCCGUACACUCCUUUGUAAAGUUGUGAAGGCAUUUGGUAUAACUAUGUUGCUGUAUAAUACACCAUUGUUUUUAAUUCAAAUCUAUGUUACCCUUGUCAGGGAAAAUUUUAGAAGGCUCCUUGUUAAGCUUUUGUCGGACACACUGUUAUUAGCGAUC